AUGAGUGCCAUUGGACCCCCACUCAAUCAGAGGUUCCCAGAAGACAUCACAGCUCUGUUUCACCAUUGCCUCGCCACCAGCUACUUUCAGUGGGACAAUGAAUUCUACGAACAGAAAGAUGGAGUAGCUAUGGGGAGCCCUCUCAGCCCGGUCAUAGCUAAUUUCUACAUGGAACACUUUGAAAAACAAGCCCUGGAAACAGCAACCAAAAAGCCCACUAUAUGGUUCAGAUAUGUGGAUGACACUUUCACCAUUUGGAGCCAUGGAGGAGAAGAACUCAACAGGUUCCUGGAACAUCUUAACAGCAUCCACCCAAACAUCCAAUUCACCAUGAAAAAAGAAAAUGAAGGAAGACUGCCUUUUCUAGAUGUCCUAGUCAUCCGCAAACCAGAUCAACAAUUGGGUCACACCGUUUACAGAAAACCCACACAUACAGAUAGAUAUCUACAUAAAAACUCCAACCAUCACCCAAGUCAAAAAAGAAGCACUAUUAAAGCCUUGGCAGACCGUGCAAAAAGAAUCUGCGAACCCCACCUCCUCCAAGAUGAACUGAACCACCUAAACUGGGCUCUACAGCCAAGCUCAAAGAAGUGUCCUAGAGUCAGAAAAUCAAUCCCUGGUCCUACCACAAUUGCCUGUCACUACGUUAGAGGGACCCAAGUGGGGGUGUCCAUUCAAACAAGAAAUGCUCAAGCAGUUACCUUUUUACUGGUUGACAACAGGGUGGAAAACCAUGGUUGA